UGAAUGCAGCACAUGCCUUACGUCAGAGCCAAACCGGAUGUGCCAGUCACCUGACGUCAUCACGUGACCCUCCGUCGCUCCUGCAGCAGUCAUCGUCAGCUGAUUGAAGCCUCCGAUUCUCUCCGGUAAACAGCACCUGAGCGCGUGAUGGCGGGCCGCGGGAAACUGAUCGCCGUGAUCGGAGACGAGGACACGUGCACCGGGUUCCUGCUCGGCGGGGUCGGAGAGCUGAACAAGAACCGGAAACCGAACUUCCUGGUGGUGGAGAAGGACACGAGCAUCACGGAGAUCGAGGAGACGUUCAAGAGCUUCCUGGCGCGGAACGACAUCGGCAUCAUCCUGAUCAACCAGUUCAUCGCGGAGAUGAUCCGCCACGCCAUCGACGCCCACAUGCAGUCCAUCCCGGCCGUGCUGGAGAUCCCGUCCAAGGAGCAUCCCUACGACGCCUCCAAGGACUCCAUCCUGCGCCGCGCCAAGGGCAUGUUCUCCGCCGAGGACUUCCGAUAAGCCGCCGCCCGGGUCCUGCCUGUUUACCCGCUCCGGCUGACAUGGAGCGUUCGUUUCGUUCGCCUGCAGACGGGCGGUUCAUUCCUCGCAGCGCCGCCCGCUGCCGUUUCCUUCGUGUUGUGUUUGUUUCAGAUGUUGUAAUUUAUCAGAUGUUGUCUUAAAUUAAAGUCCCGCUGUUGUUGUGGA